AUGAUGAAUGUCAUCGACGAGCUCCACACGAAAAAUCACAUGACUGCAACCAAAGAAAUUGGAGAUCUGAAGGUGAAAGUCGACAGGAAGCAUCAGAAGAUUCUGAGACUCAAGGAAUCUGAAAUGGAUUUGAAGGAGAAGUUGAUGAAGGCAGAAAACGAUAAGAAAGAGUUGCUUCAAGCCAAGGACCAACAGAUUCUAGAACUUCAGGGCCAACUCCUUAAGGCUAUCCGGGAUAUGGAUGGCGUCCACAAAGCAUUUGAAAAAUGUGUGACGGAGAAUCUGGAGCUCAAGGCGCGUCUUGUCAAAAAUCGGCCCCUCUUCUUAAAUCGCCUAUGGACAGGCGUGCCGAUUUGGAGUGGGCGGAGCUUGUGGUAA